AUGGUUUCAUCAGUUACUCCACUUUGUCCAAACAAACUUCAAGACAAAUCACUUUUGUACAAUGCAUUAUUUAAUGAAACACGUGAAAGCAAUUCGAAGGGUACAACGACAACCAAUCUCGAUGUCAAGGACAAGCUUUCAAGAAGUGUUUUACUCACAAAACAUGGAAGGAAAAUUCCAAUUUUAAACCAGUCGAAAAUUCCUACGAAGAAACGUUCAUCGGUGGUGUAUGUGAAGAUGACACCUGCGAGGUUGACACCAAUGGAAAAGUUUCAGAAACAACUUCUUGAAGAGUGGAAUGAACAAGUGAAGCUAAGUGAAUCAUCAGAAGAAGAUAUUUUAUUGUUUGACAAUAAGAACAAUUUCAUAGCCGAUAAUGAAAUUGGUCUUGGAUGCAUUCUUCUUAAUCCAUAUUGUAGCUCUAUGUAG